UCCCCAGCCUUCCCCGCGAGCGGACGCGGCAGCGCCUCUGUCUCGCUUUUUCUUAUUUUUUUUCCCCCUUUCCCCUUCCUUUUUUUUUUUUUUUUUCUCCCUUUCUCUCCCCUUCCCCCCUUUCACCAUUUCCCCUCGGAGGCGCUUCCCCCGGGCAGGGGCAGAGCCGGUCUCACCCCCCGCCUCUCCCCGGCCCCCGCCGCCCUAUGGCGACAGGGAGCCCCCUCCUCACCCGGGCACCAGCGGCGGCGGCUGGAGGAGCGGGACCGGCGGCGGCGGCCUCUCGUCCAGGGUCGCCAUGGAACUGACUCGCUGAGCGUGCGUCCCGCCCGAGUGCCUGCGCCCUCCGCGCCCCGCUCCCCCUCUCCUCCCUCCUCAGUCGGCCGGCUCCGUGUCCCGCGCGCCCCGGGAAAUGAGGCGGUGACGGGGCCCCCGGAUGACCCCGCGUCACCCCUGGGAGGCCUACAGCUCUGCCGGGGUGGAGGAGGAGGAAGAGGAGGAAGAGGAGGAAGAGGAGGAGAAGAUGGAAUAAAAAGGAGCGGGCAGAUAGCUUAAGAAAGGACAGAGUUUAGAGGAGCUAACCUGGGACCGGAGUGAGAGAUCGUGGCCUCCUGCAGUGGAAGUUUCUUAAUGCUGAUCAAGGGCAGACCAGUAGAGCAUCAGCUUGUUGGGACGGUGCUGCGGAUGAUGUGGAGUUACAGGUAGCUACAUCAAGCUGGGUGGCAGGCAGCUCCAAAGGAUAUCAUGAAGUUUCCAGGACCCUUGGAAAACCAGAGAUUGUCUUUCCUAUUGGAAAAGGCAAUCUCUAGGGAAGCCCAGAUGUGGAAGGUGAAUGUGCCGAAAUUACCUACAAAUCAGAAUGUUUCUCCAUCCCAGAGAGAUGAAGUAAUUCAGUGGCUGGCCAAACUCAAGUACCAGUUCAAUCUUUACCCAGAAACGUUUGCUCUGGCUAGCAGUCUUUUGGACAGGUUUUUAGCUACUGUAAAGGCCCAUCCGAAAUAUUUGAGUUGUAUUGCCAUCAGUUGUUUUUUCCUAGCUGCUAAGACUGUUGAGGAAGAUGAGAGAAUUCCAGUACUGAAGGUAUUGGCAAGAGAUAGUUUCUGUGGAUGUUCCUCAUCUGAAAUUCUGAGAAUGGAGAGAAUUAUUCUGGAUAAGUUGAAUUGGGAUCUUCACACAGCCACACCAUUGGAUUUUCUUCACAUUUUUCAUGCCAUUGCAGUGUCAACUAGGCCACAGUUACUGUUCAGUUUGCCCAAAUUGAGCCCAUCUCAACAUCUGGCAGUCCUCACCAAGCAACUGCUUCACUGUAUGGCCUGCAGCCACCUUCUGCAGUUCAAAGGAUCCAUGCUUGCUCUGGCCAUAGUUAGUUUGGAAAUGGAGAAACUCAUUCCUGAUUGGCUUCCUCUUACACUUGAACUGCUUCAGAAAGCACAGAUGGAGAGCUCCCAGCUGAUCCACUGUCGGGAGCUUGUGGCACAUCACCUUUCUACUCUGGAGUCUUCCCUGCCUCUCAAUUCCGUUUAUGUCUACCGUCCCCUCAAGCACACCCUGGUGACCUGUGACAAAGGAGUGUUCAGAUUACAUCCCUCCUCUGUCCCGGGCCCAGAUUCCUCCACGGACAACAGCAAGCCAGAAGUGCCAGUCAGAGGUACAGCAGCUUUCUACCAUCAUCUCCCAGCUGCCCUUGGGUGCAAGCAUACCUCUGCUAAACGCAAAGUAGAGGAAAUGGAAGUGGAUGACUUCUACGAUGGAAUCAAACGGCUCUAUAAUGAAGAUAAUGCUUCAGAAAACGUGGGUUCUGUGUGUGGCACUGAUUUAUCAAGACAAGAGGGACACGAUUCCCCUUGUCCACCUUUGCAGCCUGUUUCUGUCAUGUAGUUUGAAUAGGCAUUACCUUCAAGUAAGGUAGACCACUCUAGAAAUGAGAACACGGGAACAUCAGGAAAGGCUAUAGAAAGAUAUAUACCUUAUCAGGCUGAUCUGAAGUGAGCCAGAAACAACCCCCCCCCCCCCCAUUUAGUUAUGUGGCUAAUUGUAAUUCAGUACUUCACCUAAAGACAGCUAUGUUAAGAUAGGUACAUGUAUCUAUCUACUUCAGAAAUAUCUAAAAUCUUCUAAAAAGUAAAAAAAAAUCCCCUUGUUGUAUGUCAGUUCUACUCUUCUGUUAAAAUGUAGCUUGCCCUGUGUCAACAAUUUACAUUUAAUUUUCUUUAAAUUUUAGAAUUUAUAGCUUGCAAAUCCUAUCCCCAGCAUCCAAAUUUUCCUGUUGCUUUUGCCUGCUUCUCCAUUCAAUAAUGAAUUUUAUGCAUGUUGAUCUAUACCCCAAUAUCCACCGAAAAGGCCCCCCCAAAUUUUUAAAACAAUUAUUUCAGCUUAAUGGCCAUGUUUAAUCCCAAUUCAGAUUCUACCUAGUUUGAGAAAGGUACUAUGGAAUUGUCCUAUGUGAAGUAAGAAGUGGUAAUAGGAAAAUUGCUCACAAUACCACAAUACCACUUCGCUUAUUUCAGUUUCUAUUGUUUGAAAGUAAAAAUCACUGUCUUUAUCUUAAAGAGAUGCUUUUUAAAGUGGCACAUAUUAGGUCACCCAUAGAUUUGCUGAAAGCAUUUUUGACAUUUGUAUAUAAAAGAAUUUGUGAUAAAGUUAAUAUAUCAAGGUGCUCACCAAAGAAAUAUGUAACAACUAAAAUUAGGUUUUUGUAACUGAUGCGUUUCCACUCAUUCAUAAUCAGUAGGAGAAUGUCUAGAUGUUGGGCAGCUCUAUGAUUUGAGUGUAACAUGUACUAACUAAAUUCAGUACCCUAGUUUUAGUUCUGUAUUGGGAUUUUCUUGGUAAAAGUUACUUCCCAUCUCCCCAACCUACCUUUGUUCCUCUUAAUGACUUCUGGAUCCUGAGCUCCCUUUGCAGUCUGAAGGCGGCACUAUAGUCAGAACCAUGUCCUGAUGUUAACAGCCUCUGGUAGCAAUAAAAGUUGUCCUUAACCUUG